AUGAGUGCAUUCAUACAUACUUGAGAGUUUAUAGAUAAUAAAUCAUCAAUUGAGAUGGGUCGUGUUAAACUUGAGAUAAAGAAAAUAGAGAACGUUACGAAUCGACAAGUUACAUUCUCAAAACGAAGAAAUGGUCUCAUCAAGAAAGCGUACGAGUUAUCCGUCCUUUGUGAUAUUGAAAUUGCCCUUAUAAUGUUUUCUCCGUCAGAACGUCUCAACCACUUUUCGAGUAGAAGGAGGAUUGAGGAUGUUUUUAUUCGUUACAUUAAUCUUCCUGAUCAAGAAAGAGAUAACGCUGUAAGUUUUCCUGAGCUACCUUAUCGCAGGGGUAUUCAAAAUAAAGAGUAUUUGCUAAGGACCCUUCAACAAUUGAGGAGUGAAAAUGACAUAGCCCUUCGACUUGCCAAUUCGGGAGACAUUAACUUUGAUAUCGAGGAACUCCAACAAGAGGUUAAUAGAUUACAACAACAACUUCAAAUGGCCGAGGAUCAAAUAAGAAUUUAUGAACCCGACCCAUUAAAGAUGACAUCUAUGGCAGAGCUUGAAACUAGUGAAAAGCACCUUGUAGAUACCUUGACACGAGUUAUACAAAGAAAGGAAUAUUUGUUGAGCAACCAUUUAUCUUCAUAUGAUCCCUCUGGAAUGCAGGGUAUACCGACCUCUUUUGAGAAUGUAAGUUGGUUGCAAGAUGGGAGUCAAAACCAUCCCCAAAUUUUUGAUGCAUCUGCUCCUUUAGAUCCUCUCAGGGACUUGUCUUCCACCGUGUAUGGUUCAUUUUCACAAGGAACAAGUUCAAAUGUUGAUCCACGAGGCAUGGGAGAGUGUCAUGUGACAAAUCCAAGUGAUGCGAACCUUCAAGCAUGGCCUCAAGGAUACACAUUGUAUCCUUCUAUUCAGCAUGACAUGGUGGGACCUGACAUGCCAGAUAUGAUGCCACAUGGACAAGUGAACAUCCCAAUCACAGCCUCUCAUGUUGAACCACCUAAGAAUGAACCUGCAGAAUAUGACCAGUGUAAACAACCUCAUCAUCAUCAACUUAAUGCUCAAUAA